AUGGCCCCCAGCCAGAAGAAUAGCCGAAAGAAGAAGCUGCCUGCGGGAGCUGCUCCCGCGGACAACGCUUCACACGACCGAGGACCUGACGUUGAGCCGGAAAGGGAAACAGAGGGGAAUGGGAAUGACGUGGCGGGCGAGUCGAGUUCCAAUGCUCGUCAACACUCAUCCCAUAAUCCCACCGACCCGCAACCCUCGGGCUUGCUCGAUACCGCGCCGCGUCAGGAUCUGGAAACGGAUCCUGACUCCAUGGCUGUCGAGCAGAGUCUUAUGUUGCCCGCUGACAUCACCGACUCUAACGAGUCAGUGCAAGCUCCUGGCCCGUCGAAGGUAGGUCAUAUAAUAAAUUUAUCGCUCGAAGACGAGCAACGUUUGAAACCAAACGUAGUCGCAUUGGUCGACGAGAUUUUGAAUGAAUUCGAUACACGGUUUGAGACCGUGUGGGCGGAGAUUCAGGCCGUGGACGAUAAUAUCGACCACGUACGGAAGCAGCAGAAAGGGCUGAAGAAUGUGUUCUUGGAAUUAAAUGAGGACCGUAAGUCUCUUCGCCAUAAGGUCCGUGAUGGACUAAAGCUAGUAGUUCCGUCGCCGGAAAUGGUUCCUCUGGGAUCUGAGAGGGCUUCCACUCCAUCAGAGAUAGCGGCACCCGCUAUAUCAAAGGAUAAAGGGAAGGCGCGAGUCCAAUUUCAGGACAUGGGCCCUCAAUCACCGGUGACGGUGAACAGGGUGUUGACUGGUGGGCUGGCACUCGGCCAUGGAGGCGCGGAUGCCCCGAAGAAGCUGCCUGCGGGAGCUGCUCCCGCGGACAACGCUUCACACGACCGAGGACCUGACGUUGAGCCGGAAAGGGAAACAGAGGGGAAUGGGAAUGACGUGGCGGGUGAGUCGAGUUCCAAUGCUCGUCAACACUCAUCCCAUAAUCCCACCGACCCGCAACCCUCGGGCUUGCUCGAUACCGCGCCGCGUCAGGAUCUGGAAACGGAUCCUGACUCCAUGGCUGUCGAGCAGAGUCUUAUGUUGCCCGCUGACAUCACCGACUCUAACGAGUCAGUGCAAGCUCCUGGCCCGUCGAAGGUAGGUCAUAUAAUAAAUUUAUCGCUCGAAGACGAGCAACGUUUGAAACCAAACGUAGUCGCAUUGGUCGACGAGAUUUUGAAUGAAUUCGAUACACGGUUUGAGACCGUGUGGGCGGAGAUUCAGGCCGUGGACGAUAAUAUCGACCACGUACGGAAGCAGCAGAAAGGGCUGAAGAAUGUGUUCUUGGAAUUAAAUGAGGACCGUAAGUCUCUUCGCCAUAAGGUCCGUGAUGGACUAAAGCUAGUAGUUCCGUCGCCGGAAAUGGUUCCUCUGGGAUCUGAGAGGGCUUCCACUCCAUCAGAGAUAGCGGCACCCGCUAUAUCAAAGGAUAAAGGGAAGGCGCGAGUCCAAUUUCAGGACAUGGGCCCUCAAUCACCGGUGACGGUGAACAGGGUGUUGACUGGUGGGCUGGCACUCGGCCAUGGAGGCGCGGAUGCCCCGGUUCGUGAACGUGAGGUAUUACCUUGGGGACAGCGCGAUGGAUCGGCUUGCGCAAAUAGAUCAGAGAUCGACGAAGCUAUGAAGCUUCGCGAUCCGCGUCCUCUCAACACCAGUGAGGGUGUAGGCCGCGAUGGGAUAUACAUUCCACCUCAGGUGCGAGCGAGAGCCGCCGUGGAAUCGGAUACCCGACUGGAGACCAAUGCGCAACCACAGGCGCGUGCAUUCACCGCGGCCGCUCCUGAUGAUGGUGGACCACCAUCCGACGAUUCGUCUGAUGAGGGAGGUGCUGAUCCGAAUCCCAACCCGCCCGAAGGGGCGAAUAGGGGUCCAGUGCCGAGAUAUGUCCCAGACCCUGAGAGGGAUCCAGACGAGACAUCCGAUGUGUAUAAUGUUCGUCGAGCCCGUCACCGGGUGGUGCAUGGACCUCCUCCUCCAGUGUCCGAGCAGGAGGUGUUUGACGAGUCCGCAUAUGAGAACAGCAGGAUGACUCCUCCUCAUAUGCAGUACGAAUUUGAGACACCCAGUGCUGGUAUGCCAGCCUAUACGAAUGUUCGCUUCCGAGAUGGCGAACCUAUCGGAUACGAUAGAGCGCCACCAAGUGUUGGUCCAUCCAUCAGUGCCCGGGUUCCUAAUGUCCCUCAGGCAGCCAGGUCUGAUUUUGUUCCAUCAUCUGCUUCGGCCAUUCACCGGAUGCAGAGUCCGCUAUUGCCAAGUGGGCAGUUUGCAGAUGGUACUAGCAUGGUCCCUAACACCCCGCAAGUGGGCAUGAUCGGUCAGAGCAAUCAUGAUAGGGAACGGCUGAUUGAACGGUUCAAGCGAAAGCUUGGCCGCGAAUUGAAGACAACAGUCAACUCCUCGGUAGCGAAGAAUUAUAAGUUUGACAUUACACAGUAUUCGGGCGAGGACGAUUUCGACGUCCUCGAGCAAUUUUGUAUCCAACUGUUUCGUAUGAUGCGCAUAUUACAUUUGUGCGGAAUGAAUUCUGAAAUCGACGAAGACCGAAUAGAAAUAAUCGGUAAUAAUUUGAAAGGCCGCGCUCUGGACUGGUUCAACCGUGAGGUUGAUGGCGCCGCUCAAAUGGGCGUUACAAUGCGUACGGUCGAUGUGAUUCGUGGGCUGUAUGACCGAUUUGUACACCGGAGUUCGGCGACGACUGCUGUGGAAAAAUAUCAGGCUUGUGCGUAUAAUCCGGAAGAGGGCAUUGCUGCCUACUAUGAUGAAAUGAUUUUCCUAGCUGGAAAAAUGAUACAGAUGCCGGACGCCUACUCCCUUCGAAAGAAGUUUUGGAAUGGUAUCCCCGGACGUGUCACCAGUCAAAUGAUGGUACCCUAUGGACUGUCCCCUGAAGAGAAUGACAUGAAGACUCUAGUUGCAUCGGCCCUGCAUGUUGAGCGGAGUUUGAAGGAAAACAAGCGGAAGGAGGAGGCUAAGUUGGCACAAGCCGCCAACAAGAGGACCACCACUGGUGCCUCUACUCCUCGUCCGGCUAAUUCAACUCCACGAGUAGCGGAACGCGAGAGAUCGCCCCGACUGAGAGACCGUGAGCAACGAGAUCACUCUCGUAGUCCAUCGAGAGAUCGAGACCGCAGUCGUGAUCGUACGGGACGACGUGAUAGAUCGUUCAAUCGUGAUGCCAGACGAACCCCGUCUCAACCAUUCAGAUCAGGAGGCUCCACCUCAACUGCAAAACCUAGCGCUAUCCCAGCUGCAAAGCUUGGGGCUAAUCAAUGCAGGUUGUGCGGUAAAGAGGGGCAUUGGUCCAAUGAGUGCCCUACCCGCACGAAAUACACCAAUACUGCCCGUAUCAAUGCGGCCCGCAUCGAAACGGAGUACAUUGCAGCAAUGCACGAUGCCCGCAGUGAAGCAGGGGACUCCAGGGUCGGAAACGACGGGCCUCAGUAUGAUUCGGAUGCUGGGUUGACCCCGGCAUAUGAGGCCGACUAUGAUUCCGAUCAGAGGGGAGCUAUUCAGUAUGACUCUAGCCCCGAGGAUGUCCCAUCCUCCCGACCUGAGGACUCCGUUGAUCAGGGCGGAUCCAUUAAUCCCAAAUUGCGAUCAAUGUACAUCGAGGACUUGGAGGAAGGGGACGAGGGAUCGUCUGAUAAUCCUCAACUCCGAGCGAUGUCUGUCCAACCGCUCACUGAAGAUGAGGAGAUUGCUGAACAUGUCACAAUAGACGCAGUUCCGUCACUAAGUGAAUGCGAGGACCUCGCAACCGCGUUCGAGAAUCCUAUUGUUGGAAGCCACCACCCCAAUACUUGGGAGGAGAUCUACCGUCUAGGCUGGGACGAAGCGGUUUCCGCUUCGAUCCACGAUCUGAAUAUUAUGCGCGAUGCAUUGGACCCGAGCAAGGGUAUGGAUGUCAUCCUCGCAGAAGGAGUACAACGAGCGAUCGUUGUUAUAGCGGGGCUCUAUGAUACUGUCCCUGCUCCCGUGGGUUCCACGGAGAGGGAAGUAGCCGAACCGUCUUCACAGGCGGACGGAGUGGUGAAGCAAAGACUGAAAAAUCGCUGCAAUCGCGAGAAAAAGUCACGCUAUCGUAACCGAUUGCGUGAGCGUCUCCGUGAAGCAGAAGCGUUGCUGUAUGAGUCCGAAUCUGAGGUCGGUAGGGCAAACAGCGGCGCUGAGCAAGGGGAUGACCACCCUGCCCAGGUUUCUUGCGAUUAUGUGGUUGAUAGCAGUCUGGAUCAUCUAGACUCUGGUUCGUCUGACGAGGAGGACACUACGGACUACGUACCUCGUUCGCAGCAAUUGCGAGUUGUAUCAGUGGAUGACGAGGGAUCGUUGGUUCGCCUCGCUGCUAUGGCUCCGGAGCGUGAGUUGUCUAACAAGGAAGAGGCUAUUGCGUCCUGGGUGUAUGAUGCAAACAUCAACCGCAAUCCUAAGGACAGCGAGCAGCCUCAGCGCAGCGCGGAGGAGUGCCGGGUUAUGGCUGUCAUGAUGACCAAUAUCGCCCCAAAGCAUAAGAAUCCGACGUCUUUGCGUGCGCAAAAGACUGUCCGGUUCGAGACGUCUGGUUGA